CCCGGCCCUCCGACCCGCCCCGCGGCGCACUGUGGGAUCUGUCUGCUUGUCGGGUGGUGGAGGAAAAGGUGCUCCGUCAUGGGGAUCCAGCCGAGCCCAGUCCUGCUGGCCUCCCUGGGGGUGGGGCUGGUCACUCUGCUCGGCCUGGCUGUGGGCUCCUACUUGGUUCGGAGGUCCCGCCGGCCUCAGGUCACUCUCCUGGACCCCAAUGAAAAGUACCUGCUACGACUGCUAGACAAGACGACUGUGAGCCACAACACCAAGAGGUUCCGCUUUGCCCUGCCCACCGCCCACCACACUCUGGGGCUGCCUGUGGGCAAACAUAUCUACCUCUCCACCCGAAUUGAUGGCAGCCUGGUCAUCAGACCGUACACUCCUGUCACCAGUGAUGAGGAUCAAGGCUACGUGGAUCUUGUCAUCAAGGUCUACCUGAAGGGUGUGCACCCCAAAUUUCCUGAGGGAGGGAAGAUGUCUCAGUACCUAGAUAGCCUGAAGAUUGGGGAUGUGGUGGAGUUUCGAGGGCCAAGCGGGUUGCUCACUUAUACUGGAAAAGGGCAUUUUAACAUUCAGCCCAACAAGAAAUCUCCACCAGAACCCCGAGUGGCGAAGAAACUGGGAAUGAUUGCCGGCGGGACAGGAAUCACCCCAAUGCUACAGCUGAUCCGGGCCAUCCUCAAAGUCCCUGAAGAUCCAACCCAGUGCUUUCUGCUUUUUGCCAACCAGACAGAAAAGGAUAUCAUCUUGCGAGAGGACUUGGAGGAACUGCAGGCCCGCUAUCCCAAUCGCUUUAAGCUCUGGUUCACUCUGGAUCAUCCCCCAAAAGGUAUCCUUCCCAUUUCUGGACAUCCCACUAACCCCUCAUCAUCAAAAUCAAAGCCUUGCCCCUUUGUGAGUUCUGGCUUUGGUCAAAUCAACCUUGCCUCACACUGCCAACUCGGAAGUCUGAGUGCACAGACACAGGGAUCUCCUGGUCCCUUUUCUCUGGGUUCCUGUUUACCAGGUGGGUGACAGGGAUGGCUGUGCUGCUAAGGCUUAGCCUGAGGCAGGCUUAGUAUACCCAUUCCCAACUGCUGCUACUACUUGACAUUUUCUCCAUAGCUUUUCAGGGCCCUCGCCAGUUUCAUGGCACCACACCCGCUUGCCAGCAUGUAUCUGGAGUAUUAAGUACUUUCUUCUCCCCAAACUUCAGAUUGGGCCUACAGCAAGGGCUUUGUGACUGCCGACAUGAUCCGGGAACACCUGCCUGCUCCAGGGGAUGAUGUGCUGGUGCUGCUUUGUGGGCCACCCCCAAUGGUGCAGCUGGCCUGCCAUCCCAACUUGGACAAACUGGGCUACUCGCAAAAGAUGCGAUUCACCUACUGAGCACCCUCCAGCUUCCCUGGUGCUGUUUGCUGCCAUUGUUCCCCAUCAGUACUCAAGCACUAUAAGCCCUAGAUUCCUUUCCUGAGAGUUUCAGCUAUUUUCGUUCCAUCUAGAGCUGAAAUCUGGAUAGUACCUGCAGGAACAAUAUGCCUGUAGCCAUGGAAGAGGGCCAAGGCUGAGUCAUUCCUUGGAAGGCCUCCUAAAUCUCCCCGUGGCAACAGGUCCAGGAGAGGCCCAUGGAGCAGUCUCUUCCAUGGAGUAAGAAAAAAGGGAGCAUGUAUGCUUGGUCCAAGAUUGGCUAGUUCCUUGAUAGCAUCUUAGUCUCACCUUCUUUGUGUCUGUGAUGAAAGGAACAGUCUGUGCAAUGGGUUUUACUUAACCUUCACUAUUUAACCUAUGGGCAAAUCUGUACAUGUGAGUAUAAGUUCAGCAUACUUCCAGAGGUAUCUUAUGGAGAUGGCAAGAAAGGAGGAAAUGGUUUCUUCAGAUCUCAAAGGAGUCUGAAAUAUCACAUUUCUGUGUGUCUCUCUCUCAGCCCCUGCCCAGGCUAGAGGGAAACAGCUACUGAUAAUCGAAAACUGCUGUUUGUGGCAGGAGCCCCUGGCUGUGCAAAUAAAUGGGGCUGAGGCCCCUGUGUGAUAUGGAAA